CAAAAAAACCAGAAGGAGUUAGUUUUGUUGAUGCUGCAGGAUGUAUUGGAGAUGCUGUUAAAGCCUACACUGCUCUUCAUUAUCUUGGAAGAAUGACUGGUGGUGAUUCUGUCUUGAUUAUGGAUGGAGCAUCAUCGUUUGGAAGCUUGUGUGUGCAAUUAGCUUAUCACUGGGGAGCUAAGGUAAUUGCUACUGCAAGUAGUGAAGAUGAAAAAUUAUAUUUGGAAGGAUUAGAUGAUCAGUUAUCUUUAGUUAUUGAUUUAAGCAAAAAAUGGAUUAAUAAUAAUGGCGGAAAGUGUGAAAAUGGAAAUAAUGAACUGAUAUAUUCUGCUUGCAUGGAAGAAUCGGGAGGAUUGGGUGUAGAUAUCAUUAUUGAUAGUGGAGUAUCAAUGUUUUUGGAUGAAGAGGAUAAGAAAACAGCUAAUGAUAACUAUUUGUAUCCAGUACCCAGCAAACAUGAAGUCAUUUCUGCAUUAGCUGUUGGGGGACGUUGGAUUACUUCCAAAGAAAAUCUUCAGAUCUCUAAAUUUCCUCCAUCUAUAAAUGAAACUAAUAUUCUUAUGGAUAUUAUGGAAAAAGUGGCAGACGGUAUAAUUGUCCCUAACAUACACCAUACCGUUCCUUUUGAUUCAGUAACGGAUGCCAUGAAGUGUCUUUCUGAAAUUCGAGUCGGAAAAGUUGUUAUGAAAAUGGAGUAAUAACUCUGAAGUAAAAACUUCAUUAAUAGAAGUGAAUAAUCUGCAGUCGUACGCUUUCUGUGACGUUAUUGUUAGAUGUAAUUAUAGGCCUCAGUAUAUUACAUCUGUGACAAUAUUUACUGGUCAUUUAUCUAUUUAGUCAGACAAGACUACAGUAUUUAACUAAAACUAGCCUUAAUAUUUAUAGUAAAGUUUUGUGAAAGUUCAUCAAAAGUAUACAAUAUAUACAGUAUAAAACAUGGAAGUUAUAUUGUAGUUAUUCAAGAAUUA